AUGGUCACCUACGUCAAGCGCCGCCCUGAUUUUACACAGGAGGAGUUUUGGAAGUACUGGGAGACGCAGCAUGCACCCAAGGUUGUGCCUCUUGCUACUUACUUCAACAUCACCCGGUACCAGCAGGUCCAAGUUGGAGGCAAGAUUGUUCCCACUGCAGGUGGUGCUUCUGCCCCAGAGUCCAACGAGCUCGUCGACUUUGAUGGCAUCGCCAUGUUUCUGUACAAAUCCGCCGACGUCCUGACCGAGAUGCUUUCGCACCCUUAUUACAUCGAGGUCGUCGAGCCCGAUGAGCACAAGUUUAUCGACAAGUCGGCUUAUGGCAACGGCAUGGUCGCCACCUAUAUUGGCAAGCACAUCGAGGCCGUUGACAAGGGCAGGGAUGUUUGGGUGGGUGACAAGACCACUCUUAAAAAGUACCAGAAGAUCUUCAACACGUAUCUGUGA